AGAGAGUCGGGAGAAGGAGGCCGUAGAGAGGGGAGGUAGGUAGAGUGGAAGGGGGAGGGAACAAGGGAGACAGCCCUAGCGGCGCAGUGGGAGGACUAUCCCAUGCCAGGACUUGUGGCGGCUGCAGCGGCAGCCUGGACUGGAGGAAGUGUGUUUGGGGGGGCUGAGGAGCAAGCAAGCAAGCAAGCAAGCAAGCAGAAGCAGCAGGUCUGGAUCCGAGCAAAGGUUUUUUAUUUUUUAUCACCGACUGGGACAAAAAAAACAACCUGAGAGCAGAUUCCAGCAGAGGAAAAUGAGCCUCUCAGCCUGCAUUAAGCCUGUAUGACGGGCUGAGAGCUCUUUGAUCAGGACUCCACUCUUUUCCCUUUCAGCAGCUCUGACUGACAAAGAGAAACAGAAGGGGCAAAGAAAGAAAUAAAGAAAGGAAGAAGAAGGAGAAGAAGAAGAAUCAGUGUAGUCGCUUCCAGUUUGAAAAAGGAAAUCCCAAGAUUCAGGAUGGAGGAGGGAUAUGAGCUAGACCUGACUUAUAUCACAGAGCGUAUCAUCGCUGUGUCCUUCCCCCGGGGGUGCUCAGAAGAGAUCUACUCUCACAACCUGAAGGAUGUCACACGAAUGCUCAAGUCCAAGCAUGCAGAUAAUUACCUGAUUAUCAACCUGUCAGAGAAAAGACAUGAUCUCUCUAGAAUGAACCCCAAGACCCUCGAUACAGGCUGGCCAGACAUGCAUGCCCCACCUCUGGAUAAGAUCUGCACCAUCUGUAAGGCCAUGGAGAGUUGGCUCAAUGCUGACCCUCUUCAUGUGGUGGUUAUACACUGCAGGGGCGGCAAAGGCCGAGUCGGAGUCGUCAUUUCAUCCUUUGUGCAUUUCACUGAUGUGUCUGCCAGUGCUGAUCAGGCGUUGGACCGCUUCGCGAUGAGGAAAUACUAUGAUGAUAAGGUCUCAGCUCUGAUGACACCUUCGCAGAAACGGUAUGUUUGGAUCCUCAACAGUCUCUUGAGUGGAUCCAUGAAGAUCAAUGCAUCACCCCUGUUCCUGCACUGCGUCAUCCUUCACGGAAUACCAAACUUCGACGCCACUGGAGUUUGUCGUCCAUACAUCAAAGUUUACCAGGGAAUGCAAGCAGUCUAUUCAUCUGGAAUCUAUCACAUCGGUCCAGGCCACAGAGACCGUGUAUGCAUCAGCCUGGAGCCUGCCCAGCUUCUAAAAGGCGACAUCAUGAUUAAAUGCUAUCACAAGAGUGACAUAACUUCAGAACGUGAAGUUAUUUUCCGACUGCAGUUCCACACGGGAGCAGUGCAGGGCUACAACCUGAUGUUUGAAAAAGAGGACAUGGAGACUGCCAACAAAGAUCCCAGAUUUGCAGAUUAUGGUAAAGUGGAGCUAGUGUUCUCAGAGGGACCAGAGAAGAUCCCAGGUGCAGACAGGUGGCAAAAUGGGACGGAUGUUAUUGUGGACUACAACACAGCAGACCCUCUAAUCCGCUGGGAUUCCUACCAGAACAUCUGUGAUGGUGAAGCGCCACGCUCUCAAGGCCUAACCCAGGACAAAGCAGCUAACAAGAGGAGCCCCAUCGGAGGAGAGGCCACACUGGGCCGAGGGGCACGCACCACGUCUGCUACGUCCAGCCCUGACCACAGCGACCACGCCCUCUCUGUCAGCAGUGAUUCGGGCCUGUCUAGCACUUCUCUGUGGGCAGACAGACCCACACCUGUUGUCACUACCAUCACCUCCAACACCACCAACACCAUCAAGCCUAACCAGGGCCCGAGCCAGCAGGAAAAGGUUCAGCUGAAGCGUCUUUUAAGUGGCUUUGGACUUGAGGACCCUUCAGUGGACGAAAUGGAUGAUCCAAGCCCCAGGGGGGGCAUCCAGCAGACAGUCCCAGCUCAAGUGCACAUUAAUGGAGACCCCAGACCUAGAGAGAGGGAAACAGACAUCCUGGAUGAUGAGGUCAUUACAGGUCACGAUCUGCACAGUGUGGACAGUUUAGGGACUUUGUCAUCCUCCUGCCACAAGAGCAGCCAGAACUCCCUGCUGUCAGAUGGGUUUGGGAGUCCCGGAGGAGAGGAGCAGCAAAGUCAAAGCCAGCACCACCUCCAUCACCCUGCACCUCCUCCCAUGGAGGAGUACGAGAGAGCCUACACUGAUGCUAGAAGGGCCUGUCUGAGCUCCAGAAGCAACUCUGUGGCCUCCUCUAAUCCCAGCAGUACUUCCAUGCCCAAGCAGCAUGUCUACAGACAGGGAAGCUAUUCCACACAGUCCUGGGUUCGCCAGCAGCAGAUGGUUGCUGCACAACAGUUUAUCUACAUGCCUGAGGAUGGAAACGAUACAGAAAGAUACCCAGGGAACAAGCAAGGGAGCAGUUCCCCCAAAGCAGUCCUGCCUACUGAACCACAGGGGCCUACAAGGGACAUGACGACAGAUGCUCUGAGAAACACAGCGCCGCACAAGGAGCUGGCGACGACAAACAACAACAACAACAACAAACGCGACGAGGAGUUCAAAUCUCUAACGAUGGACAUCGACAACUCCAUCGAUCAGCUCAACCAGCUCAUCAUGGAUCUUGAUCCAACAUUUGUGCCGGUGUCGAGCCACAGCGGCUCAAUCAAGAGGAACGGCGGGACUCACGUGAACGGCUCAGUCCCCAAGUGCUCAAACGGCAUCAAUCUCCGAUUCAACGAUAAUAACUCAGCAACCCUGAAAAACACACAGCAGACAGCUGUCCAGUCCAGCGAGGGCCGCGUGAGUGUCACACGGAAUCUCAGUCGCCAAGGAAGUGAUGUCACGGAUCAUCCAGGCUUCUGUAACUCAGGGUGGGGCGGGACAGAGGAGUACAGGGCCCAGCGGACGUACUCCCCAUGUGUGCCACAGUCUCAGCAUCACAUGUUGUUCAGGAGUGACAGUGCUGACUUCAGGGCCCAUGGCCCAGACAUGGACAGCGGGGUCGAAGCCGGUAGUGACAUGACUCCACCCACUCCCGCCUUCCCCAUCUCUCCACCAACACCUUAUGUGAAAAAUAUGUCGGAAUUCACUCACCUGAGGCAAACGCCUUCUCCUAGCAUGCAGUCUUAUGGAGGCUACAGAACAGACCAUGAGCCUCGCGGAUAUUCGGAGAUGGUCGGUCAUGUUGGAGUUGACAGUUUACCAGACUCCUCCAUCAACUGCCACAGGACACUAAGUGCCACGCACUCUGCCUCUAUUGUUGGGACCCUUCAGCGAACAGACAGUUCAUCCAUGAACCAGUCCUGGCCAGAGCAUCCUGUCCUGACCCGCCACUCCUCUCUGAGCAGCUACCCCUCUGCCAGACAACCACCCCAGCACUCCAUGUCAUUGGACUAUGGCCACUCUCCUCCCCUGCACCACCCUCACAUCCACCCUGCCCCAAAUGCCCACAGCUCUCCUCGAAGCAGCCAACGAAGCCGCAUGGCUCGCUAUGCUCUCAGCCGCAGUCCCGCUCAAAGUUUUGACGAGCAGGAUGACCUGGGUCUCGGCUAUGGCACAGACUGUCCGAACUCCACCUCCUCUCUGCUGGGAAAUGGAGGCAUGGAUAGGGAACUUUUGACCACCAUCGAUGGGCAGAAUCAGUCACAGAUUCCCCAGAUGCAGCCCCCACUUCUACCCGAGAAGAAGAGGGCGUCGGAUGGGGAGCAUUCGCUGGGAACAGCGUCACCAGCCCUCAGUGGGUUUUCGAGUCCCCACAGUGGGAGCUCCCUCAGUAUUCCCUUCCCCAGCGUUUUGCCUGACCUCUCAGCUCAGAUGCCGGGCACAGCGUCCCCUCUGCCAGAUGUGCUGGCCACCAAGCAGGUUACUGUUAAAUUUGUGCAGGACACAUCAAAAUUCUGGUACAAACCAGAUAUCUCAAGGGAUCAAGCCAUUUCAGUCCUGAAAGACAAGGAGCCUGGCUGCUUCAUUGUGCGGGACAGCCAUUCCUUCAGAGGGGCAUAUGGACUGGCAAUGAAGGUCGCUACACCACCUCCCUCAGUUCUCCAACAGACAAAGAAAGGAGGCGAUCUAUCCAAUGAAUUAGUUCGACACUUCUUGAUUGAGUGCACACAGAAAGGAGUGCGGUUGAAGGGUUGCCCCAAUGAGCCUUAUUUUGGAAGCUUAACCGCGCUCGUCUGCCAACAUUCAAUCACUCCUUUGGCCCUGCCCUGCAAACUCAUCAUACCUGACCGAGAUCCUCUUGAAGAUGUUGUGGAGACUACCUCACAAACAGUCACCAACUCUGCUGCCGAGCUGCUAAAACAGGGGGCAGCCUGUAAUGUGUGGUACCUAUGCUCCGUGGAGAUGGAGUCACUAACAGGCGUCCAAGCGGUGCAGAAAGCCACCAGUAUGACCCUAAACUCCAACCCUCCACCAGCCUCCACUGUAGUCCACUUCAAGGUGUCCUCCCAGGGAAUCACACUCACUGACAACCAGAGGAAGCUGUUCUUCAGGAGGCAUUACAAUGUCAAUACGGUCAUAUUUUGUGCAUUGGACCCUCAAGAUAGAAAGUGGAAAAAAGAUGGCUGCCCUUCAGCAAAGAUCUUUGGCUUUGUGGCGAGGAAAACUGGCACUUCCAUGGACAAUGUAUGUCACCUGUUUGCAGAGCAUGACCCUGAGCAACCAGCGAGCGCCAUUGUCAACUUUGUCUCCAAGGUUAUGAUUGGCUCACAGAAGAGUAAGUAGGCCUUCCUCGGGCUGAGCUGAUCACCUGGACAGACUUUUUUACUGAGACUAGAAACAAGAAAUAAAGACUGACAAGAAAAAAAAUCUAAGGACCGAAGAUGGUGAUGAUGUGGACAUUAACCCUGGAUUUUAACUGGAUGUUGCAUAUAUAACGACCACUUAUCAACACAUUUAACGAGGCCUUCUUUUAAUAUAAAAAUAUAAAUUCCCUUCUAUUAUGUUCUCUUUCUUUCCUGUAAAAUGAACUGUAAAGUAUCCAAGUAAGAAAAACACUAAAUCAUAAGAAAUGUGUAAUCAUUUUGUUACUGGUUUAAAACUGUAAUGUCUUAUACAGUUAGAUAUUCAUCUCAACAUAUUUUAAGGACAUAACACACAAAACCAAGGCUGCUUUUAUUUGUUUGUAUGAGUUUUAUGGAGAGAUCGUGAAAAUGUUACCUUGUUGCAUGUAUUUUUUUUUCUAAUAUUUAACCAAAACAAACUUCAUUCAAGCUAUUAACAGUCUGUAAAGUUGUAGCCGAUGUAGAGGUACCUCUGUGCUGCACUAGUCCAGCAUGCAGUAUUUUGUUGUUGAGUGAAAAAUGUGGAAAUCGAGUGCAGAAAAUAUGUAUAAUUUGGACUAUGGGAACGGCAACCUCACAUACAGGUUUAUCUUAAUUUCAUCUAUGCAAUGUAAAAUUUUAUUUUUUUAAACCAUGGCCUUCUGUACAUGUGCAGCAUGUGGCUUCUCUGAACCUGUUCAAUUACUUCCUCCUUAAGAUGUAUGUGAAUAUGACCACUUUUAAAGCUGUCUGCAACAUUUUUAUGAACGUGUGCGAGUGCGUGUGUUGAAAUGAGAGAAACCAUAGAAAAUAUUUUAAUUAAACCCUAAUAUAUAUAUAUAUUGACUUAACACGGUUAAAAACACAUCAGUACUUUUGCGUAGAAGAUAGUACAAGUGGUAUUCCACUCAGCUGCCAAAUUUGUACUCUGUAUACCCUCUUUGGGGGCAUAAUAACAGCACUGCAGUGUUUCAGAAUCAAAACUGUAUCAUUGUCCUCAAUUUUGUGCAUGUAAUAUGAUUUCUUUUUUUGAAUGCAUAGGCUGCUAUAUAGAGAGGAAAAUAAUGCUGUAAUUGCGUUGGUCUUUUACAAGAAGAAAGAAAAGCUCUCAGUGUUGGAAUUGCACAAAUAAAUUUAGGAUUUGACCUAUUCUCCAUUAGUCAUCUGUCGGUUUGUACUUGCUCUGGGAUUAAGCUGUUUAUUACCCCAGUUAAGUGCUUGUUGACAUCGUAUAUGAGAUGAUGACCAUAAAUCUUGAUUCCUUUCAGCUUUUUGUGUUGGGCAGCGAUUUUUAUCCAGAGAGAGGGACCUACCACCACAAUACAGCUCUGUCGAUAUUCUUCCAUUGAUUAUGUACACAUCUUGUUAUCAUGACCUAUUAUUUGACUGUACCUCAUACUUUUCUCAUACAAUACUGUGCUUAUGUGUAUAACAUGCUACAUGUGAACAGUUUAUGUGUAUAUUGACAUCGCAUUGUUUGUUGUGUUCUGUAAAUAAACAAAA